GUCAUUUAACAACUUUUAGCAAGAAAUCGACUUGCCUCUAGCAACUUCCCCUGAAAAUUUGUUGGCAACACUGAUUUGAACCGUCAAGGCAGAAGAUCUACGGUGAUGGAAAUGGAUACAACAGCUCUGGUCUAUAAGAUCCUCUGUGCCCAUAAUGGGUAUUUUGAGCUGGAAGAAAUGCGUGCCAACUUUAGCACGCCAGAAGAUGACCUGGAGAGUGUUUUCGGGAAUCAGGAUAUGUUUACCAGUGCUGUCUUUGAGGGAAACAAACGGAUAUUUGCCAAGACGAAGAUGAGGUUAUGCAGAGACAAGGAAUGUAAUGGCUGCAGCAAUUUACAUCUGUGUAUAUUCUACCUUUAUGGAACGUGUCGAUUCAAUGAGGGACAGCGAUGCCGCUUCUGUCAUGAGCUGACGUCAGAAUACAARAUCAGAGUCCUGAGAGAGCAUCACCUGGAGAAAUUGGACAAGAGGGAGCUGUGUAUGUUACUGCUGCAGAAUGACAACACUCUCUUACCCCCAGUUUGCUUCACAUACAACAAAGGUAGUGGAGAGUACGGAUACUGUCCUGACAAGGAGAGCUGCAGAAGACUCCACGUCUGUGAGCGCUACAUCAGAGGAACCUGUGCUGCAGACGUGGACUGUGGCAGGUCUCACGACUUCAACGAGCCCCACCCGCUCAACACCCUGCAGCAGAGGGGAGUACCUAAUGAACUGGUGGCAUCCAUGUUGUACACCUACCGCAACAUCCAGGCCAUUCAGUAUGAGGAAGGCUCUAGACCUGUAUGUCAUCCUCCUCCACCACCACCUCCCCCACAAACAUAUUUCCCGGCCCCCAAUGUUGUCCAAAGAGAGACCCACUACAUCCACUUGCAGCCAAUCAUAGUACACUCACAAGUGACCCCUUCAAUGCUCUGCAACUUCAAGUUAAAAUCACGUCCCUUUGUCCAGACCAAACCCAAGAGCCAUACUAAGCCAUCCUCAUCAGCUUCACACCAAUCAAAACCCUCUAAACCACCUACACCAGCUCCACACCAAUCAAAAUACUCUCAACCGGCUCCACACCAAUCAAAAUCCACUAAACCACCUACACCAGCUCCACACCAAUCAAAAUCCUCUAAAGCGCCUCCACCAACUCCACAGCAAUCAAAAUCCUCUAAAGCGCCUCCACCAACUCCACAGCAAUUCAAAUCCUCUAAAGCGCCUCCACCAACUCCACAGCAAUCAAAAUCCUCUAAAGCGCCUCCACCAACUCCACAGCAAUCAAAAUCCUCUAAACCGCAUCCACCAGCUACACACCAAUCAAAAUCCUCUCAACCAGCUCCACAUCAACCAAAAACAACCAAAGCUCCUCCAUCAGCCAGGCGAAGAUGAAUUUUUGCAGAAAUCAUACAGUACCAGUCAAAAGUUUGGGGACACCUACUAAUUUCAGGGUUUUUCUUAAUUUUUUACUGAUUCCUACA